AUGCUCGACCAGUGCCCUCACUGGCCAUAUGCAUUGCGAUCCACAGCUACGUACUACCCGAGCACACACAUGCACCCAGAGCCCAAAAAGGCAAAGCUACCACCAACGUACUCUACUCUUCUCACCCAUGGCAUUGGCCCACCGGCGACGAACACUCAAGUUCAGCUACUCAGCACCAACACCAUGUUCAAACGCUCCCCACCCCUCACCCUCCGCGCCCACCGUGCCACCUCCGUCGUCCUGACCCCGGGCGAACUGGUCGAGAUCCGAGCCGCCCAGCGCACCUUCGAGGGCGCAUACAUGCGCACGGCGCUGUCGCAGUUCAGCUUCGCGCUGGUGAUCCUGAAGAUCUUCACGCAGGAGUUCUACAGCAUUGGCGCGCUCUUUGCGGUGUUUGGCGCCUUCAUCUUGGGCGCGAGCAUGCUGAGGAGGAGGAGCGGGAAUAAGCAGUUCUUUAGAGACGGCGAGGGCGAGGCGGGGAAGAGGUUUAGGACUAGUGGGAAUGUUGUGGCGUUGGUGACGGCGAUUAGUGUCGCGGCGUACUCGACGCUGCUGGUGCUGGUUUUGAGGUUAAGUUGA